GAGAGCAAGCAGGUGCAAUGGAGAUAAAUGAGGAGAGAUUUUAUGGGCCCUACAGUCAUCCUUGUAAACUGUUCUCCCGGACGCAGGUGUGGUGCACAAGACUCGGUAUCUGCACAUCCGGCCGGCUGUUUGCUUCAUGGUAGACGUCCGUGAGGAUAGAAUGCUGCGGUGAUGGGAGGGUGGUCAUCGGAUACCGGCAGCAGCAGCAGCAUCGGCGGCGGUUAGGUGGCACGAGAAGGACGUGGGGGCGAUGGACGCCUCCUGCCUUUGUUUCUCACUCCCCCACAACCCUGCUCGCCUCGCCGGCAAGCGCGCCAGGUCUCGCCGUUAUCCUCUCAAGCUCUCACUCCAUCUGCAGCGCCCUUCUUCCUCCUCCUCCUCUUCUCCAUCUUCUUGUCACGAACUCAACGACCCAUCUCCCUCUCUAGGCCGCGUCCGGCGUCCGGGGAACCCCAACCUCGGGCCUUCCGCCGACAAGAAACUCGAAAGAGCCGAGUCGGAAUCGUUGAAAAACUCUAACCCGCUUCGCAGUUUCUCCGGUUCGUCGAAGAUUUCGGGGAAGUUGUGGCUCUCCAGCAAGCUUUUGCCGCCUCAGGACGACGAGACCCCUACGGAGCUGACUGAUGAACCGAGCGAGAGAGUGGAAAAGGAAGUUCAGGAGGAGACACGAAGUGAGGUGCCCCCGGAUCCGGUGUACAGGGAGGAAGGGAAGAUUUUCGUGGGGAAUUUGCCCCUCUGGGUUAAGAAAAAGGAGGUGGCCGAGUUUUUUCGGCAGUUCGGGCCCCUGAAGAACGUGGUUCUGAUUAAGGGCCAUGAUGAUCCAGAGAGAAACAUGGGCUACUGUUUUGUGAUUUAUGGAGGUCCUACAGCCGCGAAUUCUGCGAUGAAGGCCGUGGAAUUCGAUGGCGUCGAGUUUCAUGGAAAAAUCCUCACUGUGAAGUUGGACGAUGGGAGGAGGUUGAAGGCAAGAUCAGCGGAGAGAUCAAAAUGGUUGGAGGGCUCGGACUCAAAGGAUUAUCGAUCGAAAUGGCAUGAAGAGAGGCACAAUUCUUGCAAGGAAUUCCGUCGGGUCCUUGACACAGAGCCAGAGAAUUGGCAGAGCGUUGUUUCGGCCUUCCAAAAGAUUAAGAAGCCUUCAAGAAGGGAGUUUGGAUUGAUGGUUAAUUAUUAUGCUAGACGAGGUGACAAGCAUCACGCUCGUGCCACCUUUGAGACCAUGAGGGCAAGGGGAAUAGAACCAAAUUCAUAUGUUUAUACCAACCUUGUUCACGCUUAUGCAGUUGCCCGAGACAUGCAGGGAGCUGUAGCCUGUGUGCAGGAAAUGAAGGCUGAGGACAUUGAAAUGACUUUAGUGACAUACAGUAUCCUUAUUGCUGGCUUUGCCAACAUUGGUGAUGCAAAAGCUGCAGAGUAUUGGUUUAAGGAGGCAAAAAAGACGCAUUCAUCCUUGAAUGCAGUUGUCUACAGUAACAUCAUUUAUGCUCAUUGCCAAGUUGGAAAUUUAACUCGUGCCGAGGAGCUGGUCACAGGUAUGGAAGGAGAAGGAAUUGAUGCUCCCAUUGACUUGUAUCACACGAUGAUGGAUGGUUACACUAAUGUACGCCAAGAAGAGAAAUGCUUGAUUGUCUUUCAAAGGCUCAAGGAAUCAGGGUUUUCUCCUUCAGUAAUCAGCUAUGGUUGUCUGAUUAACCUUUACAUAAAGAUGGGGAAGAUCAACAAGGCUCUGGAAGUAAGCAAAACCAUGGAAGCUGCAGGCAUAAAACAUAACAGUAAAACAUAUUCAAUGUUGAUUAGUGGCUUUGUGCAGCUUAAUGACUGUGCAAAUGCCUUUGCUAUUUUUGAGGACAUGAUAAAGGAUGGUUUGAAGCCUGAUGCUGUCCUUUACAAUAUCAUAAUUAAUGCGUUUUGUAAGAUGGGUAACAUGGACCGUGCUUUAUGUAUUGUUGAUAAAAUGAGUAAAGAGAGGCACAGACCUUCAUCUCGGACAUUCACACCUAUAGUACAUGGUUUUGCAAAGGUUGGAGACAUGACAAGGGCUCUGGAAGUUGUUGAUAUGAUGAGACGAGCAGGUUGUAUUCCUACAGUGGAAACUUUCAAUGUCCUAAUUCUUGGCCUUGUUCAAAGUAAACAGAUGGAGAAGACAGUUGACAUCAUUAAUGAGAUGUCUAUGGCUAGCAUAGCCCCAAAUGAACGCACUUAUACCACUAUAAUGCAAGGCUAUGCUUCAUUUGGUGAAACGGCAAAGGCAUUUGAGUAUUUUACCAAAAUAAAACAUGAAGGUCUAAAGCUUGAUGUGUUCUCCUAUGAAGCGCUACUUAAGGCAUGCUGCAAGUCUGGCCGUAUGCAGAGUGCUCUGGCUGUCACAAAAGAAAUGACUGCACAAAAGAUUCCUCGAAAUACAUUUAUUUACAACAUUCUAAUUGAUGGAUGGGCCCGUAGGGGUGAUGUGUGGGAGGCUGCUGAUUUAAUGCAACAAAUGAAACAAGAUGGAGUUCUGCCUGAUAUUCAUACUUAUACAUCAUUCAUUAAUGCAUGCAGCAAGUCUGGAGAUAUGCAGAGAGCUACAAAAAUGUUGGAAGAAAUGGAAGCUGCUGGGGUGAAGCCUAACGUCAAAACUUACACUACAUUAAUUCAUGGCUGGGCGCGUGCUUUGCUUCCUGAGAAAGCAUUGGAGUGCUUCCAGGAGAUGAAGGAUGCUGGACUAAAGCCAGACAAAGCCGUAUAUCACUGCCUUAUGACAUCAUUACUGUCAAGGGCAGCUGUCAAUGAGCACAUAUACUCAGGAACCCUAAGUAUCUGCAACGAAAUGAUAAAGCUUGGCCUAACUGUAGAUAUGGGCACAGCAGUUCACUGGUCCAAGUGCCUACGAAGAGUAGAAAGGACAGGUGGUAAGCUUACAGAAGCUCUGCAGAGGACCUUCCCUUCUACAUGGAGUUCUUAUGGAACUCAUGACAGAGUAUCACAUAAUUUGGCUCAAGGCAGUGAGAAGGACGAGUUGAAUGAUAUAGGCGAUGAAUAUGAUGAUUGUUAUGAUACCGGUACUGAUGAUUCAGAUAACGAUGAUUACAGACACUGGUUUGACUCAAAUGAGACAUGAAACUGUAUAGAUCUAUCUUUUAUAGCUUGUAAAAGUAUCAAUUUUGUCUAUGCUGGAUCACUGUAGAAAAUGUGUCAUAUGUUAAAUCAUUGCACAGAAAACAAGUUCAUUCAUUUAAAGUAGACUUUAUGAUCACUA